AUGGAAUCUGACGGAGUGCCGUUACCAUUGUUUCACGAGCAUCCUCUGCUACCUUGGAAUGAUUUGAGGAAAGGUGAUUGUUGUGGAAGAUAUGUGCCUCAGCGUGAUGGCUACUACUGUAACAGCUGUGAUUUUUUCGUGCACAAGAAAUGUGGCGACGAGAUCUCUGAAUUCAUUGACCACCCAGCUCACCCCAAUCACACUCUCCGGCUUCGAGAUAAAUUUGGUUCUACUUUUUGUCGUUUAUGUGGAAGGAGAAUCCUGAAUCUAUUCUACGGCUGUAUGAGUUGUAUAUUCAUCGUGGAUCUACACUGUGCCAAGUACCCACCACCAGAGGUUACUGACAAUUUCGAGAUGCACCCCCACAAGCUCACACUUCUCAAGGAACGGACCAGGAUUGAUUGUUCUGCUAAAUGCGGAAAAGGUGGUGAUGGUUUUCCAUACAAAUGUAAUGAAUGUGAUGUAGCAUUCCAUGUGGAUUGUGUAUGGCACCCAACACUAGAUCUAAAACACCCAAAAGAGGUAAACCACUCUUACCACUCCUUGCAUCCUCUUAUGCUCUUCACGGGUCCACCACCAGACUAUUCUGAUGGAAAAUGUCGUUUAUGCGGAAGAGAGGUUGAUAAAGAAUUGUUUUAUCAUUGUUCUUCUUGUAAUUUCACCUUGGAUAUGCCUUGUGUUUUGAACCCACCACCACAAUCUCUUAUGGAUUUGAAAGCUCAUGAUCACCAACUCACCCUUCUUCCACGACUCGAUUCUUUUACAUGUAACGCUUGCGGGCUCAAGGGAGUUCGAAGCCCUUAUGCAUGCUUUCAUUGUGGUUUCAUGAUCCAUCAAGACUGUCUUGGCCUUCCACGUGUAAUUAACAUCAAUCGCCAUGAUCACCGUGUUUCUCGUACCUCUGUUCUUGGGAUUGUGGAUUCUGUGUGCGGAGUUUGUCGCAAGAAGGUGGAUUGGACUUGUGGAGGGUUUUCUUGUCAAAGGUGUCCUGGCUAUGUCGUCCAUUCUAAAUGUGCUACUAGAGAUGAUGUAUGGAAUGGAGAAGAACUUGAGGGACUACCUGAAGAAGAAGAAAAUAUAGAACCAUAUGUGGUGAUAGAUGAUAACACAAUACAACAUUUCAGCCACAAUGAGCAUUACCUAAGACGAAUCCAUGGGAAUGGUGUUUUGUAUGAAGAUAAAAAACGAUGCAAUGCAUGCACCCAUCCCAUCGGUCUCCAAGCCUUUUAUGGAUGUAUUGAUUGUGAUUUUUCGCUCCAUCAGAACUGUGCUGAAUGUCCAAAAAAGAAACGGCAUGUGCUACACAAUGACCGGCUCACUUUAGUUACAAACAAGGAGCUAGGUGUCUUUGAUUGUUUUGCUUGCGGUCGAACGUACAAUGGUUUCAUGUACAAGGACGGGGAUAUGAAACUAGAUGUUUUGUGUGGUUCAAUUUCCGAGCCAUUUGUCCAUCCAAGUCAUCCUCACCAUCCCUUAUAUUACCUUCCUAUAGAUAAUAAGGAAAUAUGCAAUGGUUGCAACAGCUGGGAAUAUCGUGUGCUCAGGUGCAUUGAAGGUGAUUGUGGAUUUGUAUUGGACUUCGAAUGCGCCACUUUACCACAAGUGGUAAAGCACAGAGUAGACGAUCAUCCUCUGUCACUAUGCUAUGGCGAAGAAGGGGCAAGUGGUAUAUACUGGUGUGACAUUUGUGAGAAAGAAAUCAAUCCAAACAACUGGUUUUACACGUGUAAAGAUCAACAGGCUAGCUUGCAUACAAGGUGUGUGCUCGGAGACUUUGCAGGACUCAUGCCAAGAAGCAUAGCAAAGUCUCCGAACAGAUCGCUUGAGGUGGUUCUCAAUGAUAGUGUUACACGCCCAUUUUGCAGCGUGUGUAAGUCUCGCUGCAUGUACCCUAUAAACCUCAAGUUGUUUGGAACCUCGGAGACAUACAUUUGCUCUAUUGAAUGCGCCUUAUACUUUAAUUAG